AGCGCGGCUCUAAGCAUAUUCACUGCCUUUUCUGCAGUACUGUUUUCACCUUGUGCUGCCGGGCGAGUCAUCAUGCAGGGCCCAGGCGGGGAUUGGCUGGCUAAAAAUGCCUCUCUAAUCUGUGCGCUGAUCUUUACCCCCCUCCUCCCCAUCUGCUGUGACCUUCCUGCCAAUGUGCAGCGUGAGAGAAGGACCCAGUAGGCGUCCCUGGCAGCUGGAUCCUAUACAAUAGGGGAGGCAGCCAGCCUGCAGGGCCUUCUGCCUGACAGGUGCUGGGACCUCGCCUUUCCACCAGCCUCCCAUGGUCUCCGCUGUCACUUCUCAAAGAGCGCUUUGCAGGAGGAGGGUCGUCACUUUGCCCUUGGAAGGCUCUGCAGCCCCUUCAGCCCAGCGUGUGCCAGAAGUGCAUGAGGUCUGGUGCUUCCUGGAGAGCGGCUGAGCGUGUGCAUUAAAGCCUGAGGAACGGGAACCAUGUCAGGCUCCUACGAUGAGUCUGCUACGGCUACAGAAGAAAUAACCGACAGCUUCUGGGAGGUGGGGAACUACAAACGGACGGUGAAACGGAUCGACGACGGGCACCGGCUCUGCAAUGACCUGAUGAACUGCGUCCACGAGCGGGCCAAGAUCGAAAAGGCCUAUGCCCAGCAGCUGACUGACUGGUCGAAGAGGUGGAGGCAGCUGAUCGAGAAAGGCCCGCAGUAUGGCAGCUUGGAGAGGGCGUGGGGAGCCAUGAUGACAGAGGCAGACAAGGUGAGCGAGUUGCAUCAGGAUGUGAAGAACAGCCUGCUGAAUGAGGACUUUGAGAAGGUGAAGAACUGGCAGAAGGACGCCUACCACAAGCAGAUCAUGGGAGGCUUCAAGGAGGCCAGGGAGGCAGACGACGGCUUCCGGAAAGCGCAGAAACCCUGGGCCAAGAAAAUGAAGGAGGUGGAGACGGCCAAGAAAGCAUAUCACCUGGCGUGCAAAGAGGAGAAGCUGGCAAUGACCCGGGAAGCCAACAGCAAGGCAGAGCAGUCCAUCACUGCAGACCAGCAGAAGAAGCUCCAGGACAAGGUGGAAAAGUGCAAGCAAGAUGUGCAAAAGACCCAAGAGAAGUACGAGAAGGUGCUGGAGGAGCUGAACAAGUGCACCCCGCAGUACAUGGAGAGCAUGGAGCAGGUGUUUGAGCAGUGCCAGCAGUUCGAAGAGAAGAGGCUCAUCUUCCUGAAGGAGGUGCUGUUGGACAUCAAGCGGCACCUGAACCUGGCUGAGAGCAGCAGCUACACCAAUGUCUACCGCGAGCUGGAGCAAACCAUCCGUGUGGCAGAUGCGCAGGAGGACCUCAGGUGGUUCCGCAGCACCAGCGGCCCGGGGAUGCCUAUGAACUGGCCCCAGUUUGAGGAGUGGAACCCGGACCUCUCACACACGAUAACAAGGCGAGAGAAGAUUAAGAAGAACGAAGGGGUGACCCUGACCAACGCCACUGCAGUGGGCGAGUCAGCAGCAGUGGCCGGGGACCGCGGCAGCGUGAGCAGCUACGACCGCAGCCAGCCCUACACCACUGAGUGGUCAGACGAUGAGGGCGGCAACUCCUUCAGUGCCAGCGAGGCCAACGGCGGCGCCAACCCCUUUGAGGAGGAGCCGGCGGGGAAGGGAAUGCGCGUGCGGGCUCUGUAUGACUACGAUGGGCAGGAGCAGGAUGAGCUGAGCUUCAAAGCGGGCGACGAAUUAACCAAAUUAGGUGAAGAAGAUGAACAAGGAUGGUGCAAAGGGCGUCUAGACAAUGGGCAACUCGGCCUUUACCCAGCCAACUAUGUGGAGUCUAUUUAACCUCGUGGUGUUCUCAUCAUUGCUGUCAGAAAAUAAACAAACCCUCCGUCGUCUUCAUUUCUCUACACCAACCAACCAGCCAUCUUGCCGUCUGGUCACUCACGCUGCACCAUUAGAGAUUCAAACAUAUUUUCCAACCAAGCUUUUAUUUUUUUAAGAGCUGUCUCAGAAGAGUAUUUUGCAUACUGGCUUUUCUUCCUCUUCUUCUUCUAAGAUAUUGUGAAGUGAAAGGUCGACGCUGGCUGUGAUUUUUUUUUUCAAAGCAGAAAGCCAAUACCUCAAGAUAUUAAAGCCCAACCAAUGAGGGCAUUUCCAGGGCUUCUGAUUGGUUGGUUUUUAAGGUUAUUGUAAUCAUAAGCCCACCUUCCCGUUGGCUGGAACUGUUCCAAAACACACAGUGUGUCAACUGCUGGGACCGGUCAAAUUUGCCCUAUUUGAACAUAACCAAAUUAAAAUGGGAGGAAAUGGAAUUUAUCCCCUUUUAUUUAUGUAUACAUUUUUAUACUCACCCUCUCUAA